CGGAGCCCGGGAGCCCUCCUCCCCUCGCCCCGCACCUCCUCCGCGGAUGGGCGCGCUGCCGCCGCCCGGCUCCCCCCGGCCCCGCCGCUCCGCCUGAAGAAACUUGGGACGGCGGCGGCCUCCGCCUCCCCGCCGCGCCCCGCCCGGGCUGCGGGCGACCCUUCCCCGCGCCGCCGCGCCAACUUCGCGGGGGGACCCGCCCGCCGCAGGACUCCGUGCCGGGGCCGCCGGCCCCUCGGCGGGGACCCCCUGCCCCUGGCCUCGGUGCUGGGGAGGAGCGGGGGGUGCCCUGGAUGGCCCUGCGCACUGGGACGGCUUGGUUUGGGCAGGUCCUGCGCAGAGUUUCCCGCCUUCAGGGCACCUGGUCCCGGCGCUCCAGCAGCCUCCUGUGCCUCUCUUCUUCCCAGGAGCCCGAGCAGGCGGGCGGGGAGCGACCGCCGCCGCAGCACAAGCUGCCCCGGAGCAGCGGCAGCGGCGGCGGGCGCCGCCGGCCCCCCCGGCAGCUGCUCCCCUGCUGUAGCUGCUGCGGCCUGUCGGAACCCCGGGCGGCCAGGGGGGGACAUGGUCCCCUCACUCGCCCCUUGCUGGCGGCCAUGAAGAGGCAGAACGUGCGGACCCUGUCCCUCAUCAUCUGCACGUUCACCUACCUGCUGGUCGGGGCUGCCGUCUUUGAUGCCCUGGAGUCCGACAACGAGAUGCGGGAGGAGGAGAAACUCAAAGCCGAGGAGAUCCGGCUCAAAGGAAAGUACAACAUCACCAGCGAGGACUACCGGCAGCUGGAGUUGGUGAUCAUGCAGUCCGAGCCGCACCGCGCCGGAGUCCAGUGGAAAUUCGCCGGCUCCUUCUACUUUGCCAUCACGGUCAUCACGACCAUCGGUUACGGACACGCUGCCCCAGGGACGGAUGCGGGGAAGGCCUUCUGCAUGUUCUACGCAGUCCUGGGGAUCCCACUGACACUCGUCAUGUUCCAGAGCCUGGGCGAGCGCAUGAACACCUUCGUCAAGUACCUCUUGAAACGCAUCAAAAAGUGCUGCGGCAUGAGGAGCACCGAGGUUUCCAUGGAAAACAUGGUCACUGUGGGUUUCUUCUCCUGCAUGGGGACACUCUGCAUUGGAGCAGCAGCCUUUUCCCAGUACGAGGAAUGGAGCUUUUUCCAUGCUUACUAUUACUGCUUUAUAACAUUGACUACCAUAGGGUUUGGAGACUAUGUGGCCCUGCAGACCAAAGGGGCCCUUCAAAAGAAGCCUCUCUACGUGGCUUUUAGCUUUAUGUACAUUCUAGUGGGGUUGACAGUCAUUGGGGCAUUUCUAAAUCUGGUUGUUCUCAGGUUCUUGACCAUGAACAGUGAGGAUGAGAGGAGGGAUGCCGAGGAACGGGCGUCCCUGGCAGGGAACCGCAACAGCAUGAUUAUCCACAUCCAAGAGGACUCCCAGCAUGGUCGGCCACGGUACAAGGCCGAAGUAACAGACCUUCAGUCAGUUUGUUCCUGCAUGUGUUACAGGUCCCACGAGUACACCAGCCGGGUGGUGUCCCACCAAAAUUCGUUCAGCUCGAAGCUGAACCCCCAGUACUUUCACUCCAUCUCUUACAAGAUAGAGGAGAUCUCGCCAAGCACAUUAAAAAACAGCCUUUUCCCAUCUCCUGUCAGCUCCAUCUCACCUGGGUUGCACAGCUUUACAGAUAACCACAGGCUGAUGAAACGGCGAAAGUCCAUUUAAAGGGAUUUGUCUUAUUUUGCUUUCCUUGUUUUUCCCAGUUCUUUGUUGUUUUGGUUUUUUUGUUCCUUGAGUGAGACGGAGCGAGGCCAAAGGGAGUAGAGCAAGCCAGUCCUCCUCUGAGACUCAGCUCUUGAGCAUGAAGCAUGGAUUAUUACUGUUCCAGCAAAGUAUGCCUUACAUUACCCCCUUGGUGGAUGUCAGAGGAUUCAAGGUGACGUGAAGUGGGUACCAAAUCCAAAGUUGCACACACAGCUGGGAGCCUUCAUGUGCCACUGGCACUCCUGACCUAACAAACUUUUUUCCUCACGAGCAGGUUGCAGUGUGUGUGCGUGUGCCUGUGUGAGUGCCGGGUGCGUGUGCGUAUGUGUGCGCGUGCAAUUCCACAACCAGUGCCAUGUGACAAAAAUUAAAGCAUCAGGAAUUAUUUUUUUCUUUUGCCCUUGAAGCAAUUGUGUUCCAGCCUGCUUUUUUAGAUUUGCUUCCAAAAAGGAACGGGGAGGGUGGGAGGGGAGCCAAUUUGUUUUGGUUUUUUUUUUGCCGAGAGAAGCAUGCGCCAUAAGCAGUCAAUAUACCAGGUGUAUCAUGGUAAAUUUUUUAAUGCUAGAUUUUAGAUUGUAUUAACAUAAAAAAAAAAAAAAAAGGCAGGAGAAGAUGGAUCAUUUUAGCUUGCCAGUUCAAAAUUAAAAAAAAAAAAUAAAGCAUGCACUUUGUAAAACUGGUAUGCAUAAUAAAAACACAAGAAAAACUAGCAAUGGAACUAAUAAUCAAAAGCAAAUAAUCAUAUUAAUUUAACUAUAUUUAAUUUUAUAAUUUUCAACUGUUCCAACAAUUUGCAAGAAGAAUUCCUAGGAUAAAUUGGAAAAAUUGUUGGAACAGGAGAGUGUAUUUUGUUAUUUUAAUUUUAUUUAUAAAUUAUUAUUAUUAUUAUUAUUAUUAUUAUUAUUAUUAUUAUUAUUAUUAUUAUUAUUAUUAUUAUUAUUAUUAUUAUUAUUAUUAUUAUUAUUAUUAUUAUUAUUUUGUGCAGCAAUUACCUGCAUGAGUAGGAUUUAUAUUUUUUGGAAUGCUUGGUUAAGAUGGGUAUAAAUAGGAGGAUGUAUAUUUUUUUCUUAUAUAAUAGUGACAGGGCAUUCCUUGUUUUAAAUAAAAAAAUACAGAUGAUUGUCUCUAAAUGCUUUUGAUUUGUAAAUAAUGGAAAGCCUUUGUUGGUCUCAGGAAGAAUUCAAGGGACAGUAUCUUGUGUUUGGCUCACUGGGAACUUGUGAGAUUAGAUGUGAUAUUGCUUUUUUUGCUAGGCAAAGGCAAAAUGUAUUUAGCAGUAACAGGCAAAAAUAGCUUUACUCCAGUGUUUGAAGGGUAACAGCGGGAGCAGUUGUGUUGGCAAGUUGUAGUGGAGGAUGUUGAGACCAUAUCAUAAAGUUGUUCCUUGGAUAUUGUCCAUCUCUCAGUUGUUCAUCUGGACCAAACAGACUUUACUGAACUUAAUUAGAGGCCUAAUCCAGCUCCCUUUUAAGAGAAUAGGAAUUUUCAGUGAUUACAUGGGAUUUAGUGCUUUUGGAGAUUUAUCUUUGAUUUUACAAGGGUAGGACUGGGAGUUUUAUGAACCUGCACCUUUGUCUCCGAUUUAAUUCUGUCUUUUAAAUAGCUUUCCAUGUUAAUUUGCCAUACAAAACCCAUUUCUUUUUGGCACUAAUCGCCUCCUGCUGAUUCUACCAUUUUGUGCUCUCAGUGUAAAAGCAAUAAUCCUUUUUUUACUCUUAAAACUAGAUGGUGUGUGCCCAGCUCUGAGCUCUGUGUGCUGAUGGAUGUUGAUACCUUCUCAAAGAGACAGUUAUAAAGAGCAUUAAUAGGGAGAAAUAAGGAGUAUCAUUCCUCCUCUGUUGUCUACUCCUUGGCUUUAAAUGAUUAACUAUCAAAUAUGCUCAUGUUCUCCACAUCUGUCUUUCAAUAAGUAAAUGACAAGCAAGUUAUCCAUGACUUUGACUCCGUUAUGCAGCUUCCUUUGGGUGUAGAAAUUGCUGUGGCAUGAAAUACUCCAUUAAGAUUGGUGAAGAGCUAACAGGAUUCUUAAUGAGGAUGGAUGAGGAUGGACUUUUUCAGAGUAAUGUGUGGGGCAAGCUGGGUGCAUCAAUGCUGUACUGCCAGUACCAUGUCCUAGGGCAAAUGCUGAUGGAAGAAGGAUCAAAGCAAGAACACCUAAAAAAGCAGUUUCAGGAUGUGUUAAACCACCUCAGUGUUUGACACCUCGAAGCUGCUUCCCCUGACAGCCCAUAGGGUUCACAGUGUUCUCCAAAUUCACUUUUUUCAUCUUUGUUUGUUAUCCUAGAAGUGAAAAAAAAAAAGUAUGUCUCUUUUCCUGCUAUGGAGAUAAGUAUGCCUGGAAUAUGCACCUCUAUAUCAUGUACAGCUGCUGGGUGUAUUUGACACUGGAGAGAAGCAGGAAAACUUUGGGGUUUUCGAGCUGAAUUCUGUGCCUGACAAAGGAGAAUUUUGGUAACAAGACAUUUAAAAAAAUCUUUAAAAAAUAAAAAAUCAGUUACAUUUUAUAAAACAUUGCAUAGAUUUUCUUUUUUUCUUUUCCUUUGAGAAAAGAAGAAACUAUUAUUUCUGUUGCAUAUAGAAAUCAUCUUUAAAUGUCCUAUAAAACAUGUUGAACUGGAAAGGUUGAAAUCUUUACAUACUCUUGCUGAUUUGUUACUAAAUCUUCCAUCUGGAACCAUAAAUGAAAAGUCAAUUUUAAUACACAGGGUGUUUAACCAGGGGAGAAACUUACCUCAGCAUAUCAUGGCUUAUCUGCCACUUAGAGUCUCUACAUUAAAACUUAAUGGCUUUAUAAUUACUCUGCUUUAGCUUAGUUGAAGUCUGUAGAUGUAGUUCAAGAAUCUGUGUAUGUUGAUAUGAAGAAGCCAGAGUAGAUGUCCAUAAAAAUACUUUUACAUUUAAAAACUAUAAUGAGUGUGUAUGUUUGAAAAUGUUUUGUCUGAAUGUAUCUGCAUUCAUUGUGAUUUUCAAAUAAGCUUAUUUGUUUUAUUUUCUGGCUGAAGAGCCCACAAAUCUGUCCAACCUAUAUUUUUGCCACACAUGAGAUUUUUGAAAUUUCAGGAUGUUUCAUUUGCAAGGAAACUCUUGCAGGACUUUGCUUUGUGAGCAGCCAGACACAAGAACCCUCACAUGUGCACAUCAGAACAAGAGGCAAAAUCUGCCUCUCUCUCUUUAGUUGUUUUUAUAGUUCUUGACUGAUGUGUGAAUAAUGGCUUGGGCUGUCUGGAACUGGAACAGACUGAAUCAUGAAAGGGAAGCUUUUGUCCAAGGUUAAUCCCAGCUUUUCAGUUAAACAUGAAAAACCAGUCAGUGAAAGGUGAACUGACUUUUGUCUGUUCUGUCUCUGACUUCUUAUUGCCCUACAUGUUUUCUUCUCACAACACUGCUUUCCACAGAAUGCUUUGGUUAGUACAUUAUUUGGUUUAUUCCACUUAAGAUAUUAUCUCUCUCAGAACAACUUCCCUUGCUCGCUACUCGCUCUUUUGAAAUUCUGCUAUGAGCAGGUAGUAGUGGUACUGCUUAUGACUAGACAUCCUAAUGUCUGCUAUCACUUUGUGAUGCACUCUCAUUCCCCAGAGUCUCAUUUCCCCUACCAUUCCCUAUUAUUAAGCAUUAGAAAUAAUAAUAAUAAAUCAGAUUAGUCUAUUUAUGUCACACUAAUGUGCUCUUCAUCAAAACAACACAAAUUUAGCUCCCUGCUGUCGACUUUGAUUAUAUAACAACCCUAUUAUGCUAUAAUAUUUCAUAUUAUCAUCAAAGGGAAAAAUCAGUUUGAUCAGUGAAGCACCAAAAUAGCUUUGAGUGCGUGUGCUGUGAUAUGGAAACAAGAGGAAACUUAAUAGAACAAUGCAGGCACAAGUCUCCACUUGGUCUUUAUUACUGUGUAAGGAAUAUCCUGACUGAUCUAACAGGCACUUCUUUGCCAGAGAUUUGUACAUGCACCUGCUUCACAGGGAUGCCUGUAGUGGGGCAGCCCCAGAAAGGGUGUCUGGAUGUUCCUAGAAGAGUCCAAAAUAGUUUCUUGGUUUUUAGUGAAUGGAGAGGAUGUGCAGUGACCUCCAGCAAUAAACUUCUGUUUGAACUGUCUGUAACAGCUCAUUAGGAUUAAAUAGACAU